CUAUAAAUAACCCAUGUCAGGAUUUUCAAAUCCUCCGCACCUUUCCUAUUUCCUCUUCCAUUAAUUAACUCUUUCAGGAUUUUCCUUCCCUUUCCUUUUUCUUAUUCACAGGAUUUUAGUCAUGUUUUCAAAAUCAUAGACCUUUCUUGCAUGAUAUGAACCAUCUCAGACUGUUCUGUCGAAUGAAAAUUUCCCAUUCAGUAUCAGUUGUCCUUCUGUAUUGGUUCUAUGUCUUUUCUUGAACUUGUCUAAUUUUCAGUCUCACACAACAACAUUUACGUUUUCAUUAUUUAAGGCUAGCUAGCAACCGUAGUUAUAUAUUAUAAUCAGUCCAGUGAUCAAUCAAGAAAAUGCCACCAUCCUUUGCAAAGGCAGGUUCGUCAGGCUCUGAAAUUGACCCACCAAAUGCUAUGGUUGAUGAGAAGAGAAGAAAAAGAAUGAUCUCAAAUAGAGAAUCUGCAAGGCGGUCGAGAAUGAAGAGGCAAAAGUAUAUGGAAGAUUUGGUUACUGAAAAAUCUAUCUUGGAGAGAAAGAUAUAUGAAGACAAUAAAAAAUAUGCUGCACUUUGGCAAAGGCAUUUUGCUCUCGAAUCAGACAACAAAGUUUUGACGGAUGAAAAGUUGAAGCUGGCAGAAUAUUUGAAGAACUUGCAACAAGUUCUUGCAAGUUAUAAUGUCAUUGAAUCUGAUCAGGAUCUAGAAGUUUCAGACCGAUUUUUGAACCCAUGGCAAGUUCAUGGUUCAGUGAAGUCCAUCACAGCUUCUGGGAUGUUCAAAGUUUAGUUGUUCUAGUUUUAUUUCCAUGAUUUAUUGUCUUGGGAUUGAGCUUUUGAUUUCUCUGGUUAUGCUGUUCACAUUUGUUUCGGUUUUGUAUAUUUGUAGAAUAAAGUUUUUGUUUUCUUUGUUA